GUUCCUGGCUUCGCUCUCGUUUAACGGUAUCCGAGACGCAGAGGGCCAAGUGGGAAACUCAAUCUCGACGUGAGAUGCAGGAACACUGUCGUGAAUUAAAGGCUCAGGAAAAGAUGUUCCAAGAAACGCUGCAAAAGGCUAUUACCUUUCAGGACAUGCCACAGCUCUUCAAAUAUCCAGAUGAGGUAGGAGGCAGAAGUCUUGUCGGCACGUGGGCAAGCAGUGUCGAUCUAGGUGUACCAGGAGUUCUUGGAUCUUCAGCUGGUGACGUUCUUGCUCGAAAGCCUCUCGACGGCGGAAAACCAGUUAUGCCAGCUGAAAACGCACGGGGCCGAUUUCCACCUUCACUGCAAAUUGCUCAAGAACAAGAGGACCUCUUUAGACUGUACGAGAGAAAUCAAAUCAUUUCGAAGGGACCACGUGGCCAGGUGAUAAGUAAACCGAUCAGUACUAAAGACACGGCGUUUCUCGCUUCUGAGCAGCUAGGAAUAUCUGUUCCGACGAUGAUGUCAGAAGGAGACCCGCAAACUGCACGCGAGGAUGGUUGUGCUUCAACUUCGCUAGGG